CAUACUUCAAAAGCCUUAAGAAGAGAUAGAAGACAGUAUUAUCCAGCAUUAGUAUCUGAAUCUGGAAUCAUUUCUAUGGAAACUAGACUUUCAGCUUAAUUUAAACCUUAAAUGUAAUCUCAGGUAGUCAGGUUUAAACUCAGGUUCAGUUAUUCACUGAAAGUACCAACAGACUCAGACAUUUAGAGCAAACUAAGAUCAUCGGUGCUGGAGGAAAUGUCUGCUGUGACUGCAUCACUCUGCUCAACUUUGCUGUUAUUCAGUCUCUGCAUGUUUACCUCUGCAGACCACACAAUCAUCACUGCUGUGCCUGGAGAGGACGUCACUCUGCCAUGUCAAACUCAAAACAACAUCAUCAGACAUGUACAGUGGUGCAGAGCUGACCUGGAAGAUGAAGAACUUGUCCUUUUAUAUCACCAUGGACGACUUGUUCCUGAUUACCAGCAUCCAUCUUUUGAGAACCGGGUGGAUCUGAAGGACAGACAGAUCACUGAUGGAGACGUGUCUUUGAUUCUGAAGGAUGUGACCACUGCUGAUAGUGGAACAUAUAGGUGUCGUGUCAUCCAGAGAGGCAGACAACAUAUGAAGCUCAUCAGCAUCAUCUACCUCAGAGUUGGUCCUCCAAAAGGCCGUGGUAUAGAUCCUGUUUUCUUCAACACAGUGGACUCUGCAGCAGAGGUACCUGACUCACAACAGGACACUCUUACAGGCACAGAUCACAAAAUCCUCACCGCUGUGUCUGGACAGGACGUCACUCUGACAUGUCGAGCUCAAGCCCACAUCGUCAUAGUUGUAGAGUGGAGCAGAACUGACCUGGAAGAUGAAGAACUUGUCCUUUUAUAUCAGCAUGGACGACUUGUUCCAGAUUACCAGCAUCCAUCUUUUGAGGACCGGGUGGAUCUGAAGGACAGACAGAUAGCUGAUGGAGACGUGUCUUUGAUUCUGAAGAAUGUGAGACAAGAUGAUGCUGGAACAUACGAGUGUCGUGUCAUCAAGAGAGCUGGAAAACCUUUGAAGCUCAUCAGCAUCAUCAACCUGAGAGUUGGUUCUCCAACAGGCCGUGGUUCAUUCAACACAGUGGAUGGUGCAGCAGAGAUACCUGACUCAAAACAGGACACUCUUCCAGGGCCAGUGAAUAACACCUCUCCUCCAGCUACAGAUCCUUGUCUCUGUGUUGCUCUGUGUACCUGGCCUGUACCACCACAGUCGCUGUCUUCACAGUUUCUGCCCUCAUUUCUUUCACACAAUGUUGUGAUCCUAGUCUUUGCAUGUGAUUGGCCAGAUGAAAAUGAAGAUGACAUCAAGUCAUUGUGAGCUGAGAUUCUAGGUUCAUCCAAUUGUCACAAGAAGUCACCAGCAGGGACGGUACUUGUUGAGAGUCCGAAUGGAAAGAAGGUGUUUCUGACUCUGGAGGUGUGGAACUUGACUCAACUUAUGCACCGACCAGAGAGCAUGGGUCAAACGGGUGCUAGGCAGGGGUGCAAGGGGUCACCGGUGAUGGCCUUCUUUUCCAUGAGAAAGGAAUAUAUGACGAUCGCCUCCAUGGGAGGCAGAAGGCAGCUAAUGCUUUUUGGGUGUGGUUAAUUGCCCUCUGCGCAGCCUUUCUGUUCUCAGUUGUGGCCCCUGCGUACCAAAUACCAAAGCAGUAGAAGAGCAUGCUCUCCACUGACGCACAGUAGAAGACCAGCUGCAGCGUCUGGUCUGGGUUAUUCUUUCUCAGGACACGGAGGAACUGCAGCCGCUACUGGGCCUUCUUUACCAGCACGUUGGUGUUGUGGGGCCAGGUGAGAUUGGCAGAGAUGUGGGUGCCCGACUAUUGGAGCGUUUGGGGCCAGUUGAUGAGGAAAUAUUUAAUCAAGGAUCAGGUUGAAGGUGGUCCAGUUUCAUGGUAAAAAUGUCUGGGAUUAUGGUGUUAAAUGCUGAGCUGUAGUUCACGAAGACCAUCUCCAUGUAGCGCUUCCUGUGAGUGCUAUAGGUCUGUAACCAUGACCAGGGUGCUUGGAGGGGCAUGUUUUAUUGUUUUGUCAGAUUGUCCUAGGUCAUGGAGGAGUGUCAGUCUGUAGGACUGCUUGAUGUAUUUACAUGGUCCAGUGUCCUCACCCCUCUGGUAGGACACUUAAUAUUGGUGGAAUUUGGGGGUACAGUUUUCACACAUGCCUUAUUAAAGUCCACAGCAACACGCUGGUUGCUCUCUGCUGUGGUCACACCUUUCCUUACCAGAAUCUUUGUUG